AAGUGCUUGGUGAACCGGAAGUUCUUUCAUUUUAGCUGAGGACCGAACAUUGUUUUCAUAUUAUUUUAUAAGAAUGGUUUGGAUGCCGGUUUGGGAACCAGAACGAGAAUCGGACAGUUUAUCUGGGACUGUAGGAAACAAUGAGCCCGUAGAGACACUUAAACUAAAGGUUUAUGGUAGAACUUACCAUGUAGUUAGACACCGCGUUUAACAGAGCUAAUGUUAGGUUUAGCAGCUAGCUUCACCGUAUUUAUCCACCACAUUUCUCCUGUUUUCAGGGAAAAACAUUACYUUGAAGAGCUCGUCAGCUGGAGCAGAAUAACCCAAGCUGCUUGCUGUCAACCACUCCUCGUCACCUUUGACUCCUAAGAUGACGUCACAACAAGCCCAGCUCCGGAGUGCUGAUAUUUCUUCUCGUCUUGCUCCAAACCCAUCUGCUCAGCAGGAUCACCUUCAGUUUCAACCUGUUGGGMUGGACUCCGGUCAGAGCGGUGCAAAUUCAGGACCUGUUGGACCCCGAGCUAUGAUACCUAGGCCAGGGUAUCCACGUGUUGCCACCACUGGUGGGGAGGGGUCCCUCGGGAACAGUUCCACUCACUCCAAUAACUUCUCUAGAAGCGAUGGGGGGUUUGAUCCAUGGCCUGAAGAAGAAGCAUUGAACUCCCAUGGUCUGUACUCCCUUCACCGCAUGUUUGACAUUGUUGGUGCCCAUCUAACACACAGGGAUGUCAGGGUGCUGUCAUUCCUAUUUGUUGAUGUGAUCGACGAGUAUGAACGUGGAGGCAUCAGGAGUGGAAGAGACUUCUUGCUCGCUCUGGAACGUCAGGGCCGCUGCGAUGAAACAAACUUCCGACAUGUUCUCCAGCUUCUGAGAAUAAUUACCCGCCAUGACCUCUUGCCUUAUGUCACCCUGAGGAAACGGCAGGCUGUUUGUCCAGAUCCCGUUGACAAGUUCCUUGAAGACACGUCGGUGCGCUAUGUUUCACCAAGAGGAACCGAGCAGUCCAAGACCCCUGAACCUCACAGGAGAACAGGGCCACAGCCUGUUCUUUGCUGCUCCUCAUCAGGACCCUGUGUUGGUUCUCCCCGAACAAAACCUGCUCCCCCUGCAUCACACCGCAAGAGAACCCGAAGUCACUCGUCGGCUGACUGCAAAGAGAAGCAAACUUGUGAUAUCCGUCUUCGGGUUCGUGCAGAGUACUGUCAGCAUGAGUCCGCUCUUCAGGGUAACGUCUUCUCCAACAAGCAGGAACCUGUGGAGCGACAGUUCGAGCGCUUCAAUCAGGCUAAUACCAUUCUGAAGUCUAGAGACUUGGGUUCUAUCAUUUGUGACAUCAAAUUCUCUGAGCUCACUUACCUGGACGCCUUCUGGAGGGACUACAUCAAUGGGUCACUGCUUGAGGCUCUUAAAGGAGUCUUUAUCACAGAUUCCCUGAAACAAGCCGUGGGCCACGAGGCCAUCAAACUGCUGGUUAACGUCGAUGAGGAGGACUAUCUGGCUGGUCGCCGCAAACUCCUCUGUAACCUGUUAACUGGUGGAGAGAGUCCACGAGUUGGGACCAGUGACGGCGUGUCGUAGAUAUGUUCUUCAGACAGGACUGACACUGGUACUUCUCCCUCAAAGAAAAGGCUGACGUGGGAUUGGAUCGUCUUGACGUGAGCUUGGAAGGAGCUGAAGAACUUCGAGCAAAGCCAAAAACCUACAGAGCUAAUCUCAUCGGAUUGGCACCUCAAAGCUUCACAUGCAAGGAAAUCUCCAGUUAGCUAAAACAUUACUGAUGCAUACUGGUAUUACUCUGAGUAGUGAUUUCAUUUCAGGAGGUGCAUUUGAUUCACAUUAAGUUGAACUUGUUUCGUCAUUAUUUACCCAUUUAUGUCUUCAGCUGUAAUCUACAGGGAAGAAGCUGUUUUAAAUAUAACCAGGUUCUUCCAGUGAGAACUAAACUUUAAUGUCAAACUGGUUCUUCUGAUUUUAUUUUACAAAAUUCAGAUUGGUAGUUUCACACAGUUAGAGGCUGUUUUAUCUAACUGUAGAGUGUUUUAUUACUGUUCACUGACACUUUCUUUCAUAAGACUUUUUUUAUUUUUGUCCCUUCUAUAUUUUAACAUAUUCUACCAUUCCUUGUUUUAAGCAGAUYUGAUUUUUACAUAGUUUCAAUAAAUUCAGUUGUCCAAACACUGCCACAAUAAUGGAAUUAAUUAAAUGUCAUUUAUCUUUUUUAUUGCUGUCCCUGAUUGAAUUCAUACAACCCACUCCUCUUACUGAUGUUUUGUUCAUUCUCCCACUGCUGAUGAAUAGAAAAUGAGUUUUGUUCUGUCACUUGUGUAAAUAAAUGUGAAAUAACACUCAACAAAUAAACAAGCAGCAAAAUCUCAGCCAUUGUGUAAUAUGUACAGACAGAAGGGUACCAGAGUAAAUGGAAAUACUUCCUCUCAAAGGUAUUUUACCCUAACUUUGUCAGGAUUUCUGCCUGAGAACCAUCAAACCUCUCUGUUUGGCCUGAACAUGAAACAUCCUCUUUCUUUUUUCUUCCAUUUGAGGGUUCUUGGUCAUGUUAUGACAGUUUUCACUUCAUUUAAAUGAAAGAAAGAGUUCAUGUUUAUAAUUCACUUGAAUUUUGAAAUAGGUUCAAAAUCCCAAAAUGUUCAUGUACAUUUAUCAGUUCAUGUACUUAAGUCUUCAAUAAACUGUUGAUUGUUUGUGGAGCA